AGCCUCAGCCAGGGAGUUUGGGUUUACAUCCGGUUCAGAGUGAAACCGGCAGCCGUGAGACCGACCACUUGUAACCAUAACAAGUCCAGCUGCAGCGUUUAAUUGCUAUUGUCUUCAACUUGCUGGAGGAGGCAAAUUGUCGGGAGGUUGCUUCUGCUGUGGUCUCCCUUGCUCCGUGACCUUAAUCCUGCGCUCUCUCCUGUCCCGGUCUUACACUGUGCAUGCUGCUCUCCAGCCGCCUCUCCGGGAGCCCCCCAUCCCCGUCUCGCCGCUGCUCGUCCCCAUUUCCCCGGACACCGAUGGAAGCGUCGCUGCGGGCGGCCCGAGGCGUGGGGGACUCCGCGGCGGCGCGGGGCGCGCUGCGGCCCUGCUCCUCCGCCGCGGCGGCUCCUCCCCUUUAAGCACCCGGGGCGGGGCCGCGCUUGCUGCAGGAACCUGCCCGUUAAGAGCUACCUUCCCCCGCUGCCGCCGAGCGCUGAGCCGCCGCCCGGCGCCGCCAUGGUGUCCUGGAUCAUCUCUCGCCUCGUGGUGCUGAUUUUCGGCACCCUGUACCCCGCGUACUCCUCCUACAAGGCCGUGAAGACGAAAAACGUGAAGGAAUACGUGAAGUGGAUGAUGUACUGGAUUGUGUUUGCCUUUUUCACCACCGCAGAAACACUUACAGACAUUGUUCUUUCUUGGGCUGAGAGAUGCCCUGUUUAUGGAGUAUUCAUGGCUAUGGAUGAAAGACUAAAUGAGACUCGAAGAAGGUUUCCCUUUUAUUUCGAGCUGAAAAUCGCUUUUGUGAUUUGGCUGCUCUCCCCUUACACCAAGGGCUCCAGUGUCCUCUACAGGAAGUUUGUGCACCCAACGCUCUCCAAUAAGGAGAAGGAAAUUGAUGAAUACAUUACUCAGGCUCGUGACAAGAGCUAUGAAACCAUGAUGCGAGUUGGCAAGAGAGGGUUAAACCUUGCUGCCAAUGCAGCAGUUACUGCAGCUGCAAAGGGCCAGGGAGUUUUGUCUGAGAAGCUACGAAGUUUCAGCAUGCAGGAUCUCACUCUGAUCCGGGAUGAAGAUACUGUGCACAUACGAAGCCACGAGCCACAGCUGCACUCCUCUAGUGGGGGUCUUCUUGAAACCAUUGAAGAUUCAGCUUCAUGUUACUCCUCAGGAGAGGAGAGCAGUGUGACACAGAGGUCUAAUGGAACCCUGUCAGAGACUAGAACUGACCCAUCAGAUGAAGAUGCAGGAGACAAACUUCCUAAACGUACCCAGAGUCUCAAAGCUCCUAAGAAGGUGUUGAAAACUGAGCUUCCAAUAAGAAGUGUGAAAGCCCGUCCUAAGAAGAAAGCUGCAGGCUCUCUUGCUUCUGGCGAGUCAUCCUAAGGAGACUUCCCCCUCCCCAGCACCUGUCUGUGUCCCGGGAUUUGCCUGUCACUUUUGAGGGGAAACUCCCCAAAGGAAGGGAGCUGAGAUUCAUGUACAUAACAGAUACUGCUUUGUAGAGCUCAUUCCAAGGCAAGGGGGAGGCUGGGAUUCAGAAAAUGGAGUAGAGGAUACACGUCCUCAGGAAUUUUCUCCUUUUCAUCUCUCUUUUGGAGGGAAUGCUGACAUGUCUGUACAUAGCCUGUUGCUUUGGAAUUCCCACUGUAUAACCCUAGCUGGGGACAAUCUUUGCUGGAAGAACUGACUAGGGUUAGAGACAUCCAUCGCACAGAAGCUGGAACAAUAUUAGAUACUGGAGUUCCACGGGGGUGGGUGGCUCCCUAAAAUGUCUUAUCUUGCUCUGGGUAUUCUUCUGCAGCUGUGUGUUGUUAAGAAGUGCCCACCAUGAUUGAUCCUCCUUAAGAAUGGACCAUACCUGUCAUGUCCAUCCCCUUUGAGGUGGCUGAAAUAAUGUAUGCUGUGUAUUUUUGACCAUAAAGGACUAGCUUCUGGGAGUAUGCUAGAUUCCCAUUACUAGUACUGGAAGAUGAAGAGAUUGGGGUUUAUUUUACUUCUUCUGGAAGGUGAGGGAAGAUGAUUGAAAAACUGAGUAAUGAAGAAAAUGCACUGUUCUGUGCAUGUCUAAUGAAGUAGAUACAGGUAUCUGCAAGAGUUAACUAUUAAGGAGGAAAGUUAGGUAUCAGUGAGGUUUUGGCUCAUUUUGAAGCUGCUUGAAUUUUAUUUUGGGUUCUGUUCACUUUGAAUCCCGUGAAAGCAUCAGAGGUGAGUCCCAUGUAGUGGGAAAAGCUGGCAAGGAGGCUGCUGCUUUGCUGUCUAGUGGUUGAACUCCAUGUCAUCCUGAUGCUUGUUAUCAUGGACAAACUCUUUCGUUGUAGCGGAUGACAGGGGGAAAUCUGGCUCAGUGUAACCUGCAGCCAUACUUGAGAAUUUCAGUAGCCCUUAUCACUCACUUUUAGGAGAUCCAGUAGCCCUUAUCACUCACUUUUAGGAGAUCCAGUAGCCCUUAUCACUCACUUUUAGGAGAUCCAGUCAUCAGACAAUGAGAACUGAUGAAUAGCUGAUGUAUGAAUUCCACUAAUCCAGCAUUCCAUUUAUGAGAGAACAAAAGGCAGAGAGUAUUGUGAUACUGUGAUUAAUCAGUCCUCUUGCUUUAUCCUGCUGCAGCCCUUGCACAAAUUUUCUGUCUGACUGUUUGCCACAUUUAUCAACAUCCUGAGACUCAAGUGGUGAUACCUGGGACAGAACUGCAUUGAAUGCAGCCUAUGAAUUGUAGGAGUGAAGUUGCAAUGCUGCAGGAAGACUUGCAUUAUGCCAAGCCAUACGGGAUUCUAAUCUGUUGAGUAUUGUUAAGGGGAGAUCUCUUGUAGCCAUGCCAACAGAGUUAAAGGGAAUUUGAGAUGAGUAGGAUUCCUGUUGUAGGCAUGGUUGUCUGAAUGAAUACUUGAUAGUCUUAAUCUUUACUGUUUUCAGAGGAACCUGGUUCCUCCUUCCCUACUACUAAAGACCAUUCUUAGGUCUAGGUGCAGGCAUUUUUGUUUACCCACAUUUUUUGAUGGUCACAUUUCUGAAAUUACAGUGAAAUCUUCCCAGAACCCAGUAUUUUGCUGUUGAUAAUAUACUGAAGCACUUCUACAAGUAAUGUUCCACAAACAUUUCUGUCCUGAAGAACAUCUCUUCAAAAGUCUGUGAAGUUGAAGUUUAGAACUCAUUUUUCUCUUGUUUCACAUUGCUUUGGUGGCAGGUUAUGAACUAAGUAGUCAUGUUACAAAACCAAUCAAGCUACUUUUAUUUGUGGAUGCUAAAACUGAAGUCUUGAUAGACCAUGUCAGAGGCUUGCAUCCUGUCAGAAAUACUUGUUCUAAAUUAUCCACAAGGCCUUAGCCAGACAACAGUAGAAAAUCCUUGAUUUGACUUUGAAUUUUGAACUUCAUGAGAAAAACAAGUGUUUUGUUCUUUUUAGUUUAUUAGCAAACAUUGUGUGCAUAUCUCACUACAUGCAAAGUCAUGUCCUGAAGCAGGAGUUCUUUAUUUCCAAAGGCAAUUCCUCUCUCCAGAGAAAGGAUAAAAAUCUUUGUGAAUUAUGUGGAAGAUUCAGUUGUGAAGGAUUACUGUCUUAGAUUGUACUGUACUGAACAAGAUAGAAGCACUAUUCUCUAUAAACCAAGUAUCUCUCUGGUCACAUUUCUUGAAAUGUAGUUUUUUGGAGUUGUUUUUUUUUUUUCUUUAACUGAAUUUUUCCAUAGCAAAACAAAUCAUUGACUUCAUUUUGAAGCCAAGGAUUGGUUAGUUUCUCCUUAUGCUGGUCUUCAUGCCCUUUCCUUGUGCUUGUGUUGUGAUAAUCUUGGAUUACUUUGUUUUCUGACAGAGACUUUCCAGAAUGUUUUAUAGAAUCAAUGAAUUUAUAAUACCUCUCCCUGUUUUGAAGCACAGGAAGAAUUUCUGAAGCCUCUGUUUUGGCAUUUGGAUUUACCUUUUUGAGCUAGGACCCGUGAUAAGUAUCUUUUAUUUAGCAAUGAUGGUUGAUGUCAUUAGCCUGUAGGUAAGUACAGGUCAGUGUUACUCUGGCUUUUGUUGUACAGGGGAAUUAAAUGACUUGUGGUUGCAAGAAAUAGUCUGGAGUAGAGUUGUGAGGGAUGGUUAUCUAGUGUGCAAUCCAAAGCUGAUGUCAAGCAGCAGACCUUACCCAGAGCAAGAACAAUAUCUUAGCAUGGAUGCUGUUUUCUUCCAGUACAAAUGUGACUGCUGGACUGUGCUCUGCUGGAUCGAAGCCUCUGCAGAUGUGCCAGCCACCCACGUGAUCUCUUAGCGAGUUUCUAGAUGCAGCUCUGCAUUGGAUGGUGUGGUCUUACAUAGAGAUUCUCUUGCAAAGGAGAGCGCUGAAUGUGCUGUUCUGAUAAGAUGCUUUUAUCAGCUGGUCACUGUUUUCAGCAGGAUAUGCUGGAGUGUAGUUUCUCUUCAGUGUCAUCUGUGGGCUUCAUUGUGCAGUUAAACAGUUAAAUCUUCCCCUAGCAGUUGGACCUAUUGUGUUCAGUGUUUAUACUUCUUUGCUAAUACGCCUGGGCACAGAGAGAAACACAGUAAGUGAAAAUGAUACCUGAAGUUCGGUGGAGAAGUGGUAGUACUUGCAUGUCAAACUUGGUGUGCCUAAAAACUCUCGUAAAAUGCCUCUACCAUGAAAAACAAAGUGAAGCCAUGACUGCCUUUUGGAAAGAAAUGUUGUACUUCCAUGCUUCAUAAGACUCAGUCAGUGUUCUGCUGUUGGAAAAGAAAAUAGUGAAAUGUGGCUUCCUUUCUCAGAAACUGGAUGAUUUACUGCAUAAAACAGAAAAAAGUUUUCUUGCUUGGCAGUAUUCUUCAUAGUGGCUAAGAAACAGUAUAAUACUGCUGUCAGGUUUUAAACCUUGCACUUGAACUAAACAUCUGAACUUCAUAUGAUCAAACUUCUGAUUCUGUGAGCUUAUGUUUCUGAGUCUGGGGUGUCUGAUCUCUUUUAGACUAGAUUAACUUCCUUGGUAGGUAGAUGGUGUGUUUAAAGAGGGAGAUACUGGUGUUCUUAAAAUUGCAAAGCAUUUUUCUGCGUUUCAGCUUUUUUCAGCUGCCCUUUCCUCCAUUUUAGUGAAUGGACAUUUGUUGUCUCUUUGCAGUGCUGAGCUUUCUUUUUAUACAUCCCUCUUGGAAAUAUGACUCCCUCACAGUAUACAGCCAAAUCAUUUCUGCCUCGCAGUGCAAAAUUUCUAGAAGACCCUGACUUCCCUGCACUUGUUUUUCUUCUUUGCCAUCUUUAACAUCUGGAAGUCCAGUGCCUUAGGAGGGAAGUAGGGUGACUGUGGAAUACUCUGCUGGUUCUGUGAUUUGUACAUAGCACUGUAUCAAGGAGACUUGCACGGUAACUGGGAAGUGUAUGGUUGAGAGCAGCUGUUGAACUGAGCAGAAAUGCUGGUGCUGUAUGGGGAUGAGCUCUUUAGCAUUACUGAGGAGAAAGGAUUCCUGGGCAAGUUUCAUCUGGAAUUUGGCACUACUACAAGGCACUACAAAUGUAACUCAGUGUGAGGUUAUUUAUAGGUGUUCUUUAAGAAGGCUACAGGCUUCAGAAGUGGUCAUAAGAGUUGUGCAGAGUAACUUGUGAGAACAAUUGGUUCGAGCAGAAAAUGAGGACAGUAAACCUGCACAGCUGCUAAGAACCUGUCUUGUGAGAUAGAAUUAAAGUGGAAAAUGGGCUGUGCACAGUACAGACUUCUCCAGGAAAUACUGUUGACUUUCUGAUCCUCAAGCAACACUACUUUACAGAUUAGAGCCUGAUUUCUCUCUUGCUAUGCCUCUUAUUCUGUGUAUUGCCUCUAAGAUGGGCAUGAGCUAUGUGGUUUUGAGAUUCUUGAGUCUUAUCACUUCAGAAUGAAAAAGUUUGAAUUUUGCCUCAGCCAGCAGCUGAUGUGCAGGGAGGACCAGUUGAAUAUCAAGUCUCUCACAUCACUUGGUCGUAGAUGUGUUAUGCUGGGGAAGCACCAGCCAGGAGCUCCAGAGGAUCCCUUCAUCUGGAAAAUGACUUACAUACACCCCCUUCCUUCCAAGUCCUACAUUUCUCACUGAACCAAAUGCUGGACUUAGCUGUGCUUGGAUUCAGCACUGUCUGUAGAAUCCUGACGUUCAGUGUCAGAAUUGCCAGUGCUGGAGUCAAAAUAUUAUGAAGUGGAAAGAAACAAUGUCAAACUGAUUUUUUUUUCUUUUUUAUUCCCCCCCACCCCCUCUGCAGUUUCGCAGGUAAUUUGAGGUUGUUAAACCCCUUAGGAGCUAACUGUUACUUCCUUGUUCUUUUUCUUGGCUUCUAUCCUGUCAUAACCCAGUUAUGUUUCUUAUGUUUUUUCCUUUUAAGCAAGGGACUGCUUCCAUUUUGCUUACUGUAGAGACAUGAAAAAUCCUGUCUAUUGGAGCCAAAAUUCACCCCAUUUCCAUUAUUAAAUCCUAUGACCUAGAAUCAUACAGUGACUUGUACAACAAGAUCUAUGGCUGGAUUCCAAGGUGAAAUCUGAGCAUCUAUUGCCAGUAGCAUGGUUCAGUGUAUUUCCUUUUCCUUGCAGUGGGCUCUGACUGAAAUAUCCACAAUGCAGACUCUUUGGACAAGAGCACUCUGUCUCUGUUUAGCCAAAUAAUACUAGAAGUAAUGUUUGUGGGAAGGCUGCAAAAGUGAGUGAACUCUGAAGGAGCAAGAGUUCAAGUGAUCUGUAACAGAUAACUGCCUGAGACUAUGCAAGAGCUGUGUGGCAGAAGCAGAAAUGUGACUAGAGUGACCUGAGCAAAGAUGAGGAAUUCAGUCAUCUUGUUUGUGGUAGGUCAGGAAAAACAGUCAGGCUGGAUGGCAAGCAUAUAACAUUUUUACAUACAAAGGAGCUGGUUUGGUUGUUGGUUUUUUUUAUCAUCAGUAAUGCUCAGUAACUUACCAGAAAGAAAUCAAGUUGAAUAUUUUUUGUGAUCUAUAAAAUUAGGAGGUAAAUUAUCCUGAUCAUCAAACCUAGGAUUGAAUACAAACCUUUUGGAUUCAUGCUGCCGCCUUUCCAGGGAAGCACUGCACUGACAGAGUCCUCACUUUUGACUCAUCUGUUAGAUUAUUUCUUAGAGGUUGUGGAUGUCACAGAGCUGUAUUAAAUGUUUGUUUUGGCAUGUGACUGGGAAUACUUGUCUACAUUCAGGCAUGCUGAGCUAUGUAUGAGACAGUGUUGGCAGAAUGGAAGCUCAGAAAGAAAAACAUAGAAUGGCUUAAGUUGGAAGGGACCUUAGAGAUCAUCUACUCCAACCUCUGUGCCGUGGACAAGGAUGCUCUCAACUGGACUUGGCUGCUUAAGGCCUCAUCCAGCCUGGCCUUAAACACUCCCAGAGGGGCAGCAUCCAUAACCUCUCUGGGCAGCCUAUUCCAGAGUCUCACCAUCCUUGUACUGAAGAACUUCUUAAGAUCCAGUCUAACCCUAUUCUUUCUCAGCUUCAAACCGUUCCUCCUUUAUCCUAUUACUAGACACCCUUAUGGACAGUCCCUCUCCAGCCUUCCUGUAGGAUCCCUUCAGGUAUUGGAAGGCAGCUCAAAGGUCCCCCCCCCAGCAUCUCCUCUAGGCUGAACAACCCCAGCUCCCUCAGCCUAUCCUAAAGAUAACUGAAGGACCUUCUUGGAGUGUUGAAGUUAAGAGACUAUGUAGUGAUGCCUGGAUUUGAUUGAACGUUUUUAUGGCCGAGUUCCGUUAGCACAAGGAGGGCUGCAACUUGCUCUUUGUCCACGAGAGGGCAGAAGUACAACAUCCGAGCGCUGUAAAUGAGCCAGCAGAGACUUGUCUGGUAACAGCUGAAUUAUGGCAGGUUGAACAUCAAUAUUUCCUGUAUAUGAAUGAAGGUAUUGAUUAAAAAGUGGGUGGAGGCCAGGGGAAGAACAAACUGAGGCUCUUUGGGAGAAAUAGGAAAUAAUACUGCAGUUAACCUCUGACUAAAAUGGCUAUUUAACCUUGCUGGGCUUUCUAAUUGAGUCAUUUCCCAGUGAGGCUUGCUGAGACGACAGUGUUAGAGAAUAACUACCCUGGAAUCACUUUAUUGUCUCUGCAACCCAUUUUCCAGCUGCAGAAAGCAACUCUCUAAAUGGCAAAGUACCUGAUUUAUUCCCUCCCUUCUGUGAUUAACCAAUUUCUGUGUAUUUGUUCAUUCAGCAGUGUUGUCCUAAUUUAUACUCUGAAUUUUCUAGUAUUUCCUGGUAAGAAUAAGUAAUUUCUUUCAAUCGGAUCUUAUGCUCUGUGAAAAUAGAAGCCAUUUUCAUCUAAAAAUACAGAUGUAUGUAACAGCAAUUUGUGACCAUGGCAACAGAGUUAACAUUCUGAAGAACAGACAGGUGGUUGUUUUUUUUUUUCUUUUUAUGCCUGCCUUGCUUUUUUCUUUUCCUUUCUUUGUCUCUCUCUUUUUUUUCUUUUUAUGUCGUCAACAACCUCAAUGGUGCAGCAGUUCAGGAAGAAUAAAAAAACAACACUGAAUUUUUUCUUUCUUAAUCAUACAAGAGACUUUUGCACUGCCUCUUAAGAUUUUUAUUAAAAGUUGAUGAAGUACAAGCUGGAUGAGCAAACAGUGAAGUGGAUAAAAAACAUGGCUGAAUGACCAAGCACACAGGAUGAUGAUGAUCGGUUCCAGGAAGUCUAAUUUGAGGGCAGUAGCUAGCAGCAUACUCCAGAGCUCAAUAUUGGGUCUAGACCUGUUUAACAUGUUUGUUAAUGACCUGAAUGAUGGGGCAGAGUGUACCCUUAUCAAGUUUGCUGAUAACACAGAGCUGGGACGAGUGGCUUGUACAGAAUCAUAGAAUCAUUAAGGUUGGAAGAGACCUUUAUGAUAUGCCAGAAGAUUGUGCAGGAAGCAGCAGGAGCUACACAGGGUAACUGACCUUGCAUCUCAGAAUAUUUGAAAAUCCUAAUAGGAACAUAGUGAGAUUGAGAUCCUUUCUGAUGUUGAGAAAGAAGAAAUCUUUUAUCUGGAGACUUACAGAAUGAAGAAAGGUCCAGGACAUAUCAGAAGUAGAAUUUAGACUAUAGCUGGCAGACCAUUGCCAGACUUUGGGGGUGGAGGGAAAGUUUUUCCAUUAUAUGACCAGAGUUGAAUAAACAACCUGCUUACAGGCAGGUGCUAAAUUUCAGCUGCAAGAUGUGGAUUGUCCUGAUGUAGUUGAGACCCCAAGAGCAUGCAUUACAUUAGAAGAAACACUUAGAAAUUAAUGUAUUUUGAGGGAGGUAGGAACGGACGCUUGUGACUAAACCUUGUAUUUAGUGCAUGGCUGUCUCUGCCAGCAUAAAGCUCUCUACUAGCAUCACUUAAUCUUGGGUUUAUGAACAGAUGUGCUAGAUAGGAACAUAGGCAAAGGCAAGUCACAGAAUUUUCCAAGCUUUCUUCUUCUUUCCUAAUUGUCAUUAGGUAGUCUAAGAACUGAACAGACAUUACAACCUUCCUGCUAUCACUUAUUAAUUAGAGGCAAUGAGUAUCUUGAAUUAAAUACAAUCUAAACUGUAUUUGAAAGCCCUUUUUUUGGUAAAAGCUAGCUGUUGUGAGCAUUCUGUAGUUGAUACAGGAAUUACAGUAGCUGAUGAGUGGAGCCACUGUGUUGUUCAAAGGCCAUUACCACAGGAAAAGGCAGCCCAGGCUGAGUCCAGUUUCCUGUCUCUGAUCCUGUUCAGGCUGGUGACAGUGUGCAGCCUGGAGUUGGCACACAUUUUGGAAAAGACUUUUCUUGACACAGUCCUCUUUUACCCAUCCUCUGAAGUGCAGUGAUAUUGAGUGGCUGAGUUACUGAGGGGGUGUGAAUUCUUUCACUUGUCUUUUGUAGAGUCAUUAAGAGUUUGGUCACCUGCUGCAGAAUAAUGACUUAAAUGUAGAAACCUUAAUCCAGGCCUAAUCCUAGACUCUUUCUGGGUAUCCUUCUACAUUCUCUUUGUCGAACGUCAUUGAAGAGAAUUACUAUUGCUUCAAUUCAUUCUUCCGCUCUCAUUUCUUCCUCCUGUUUCAAAGGACAUGUUUUCCUUCCAUUUCUCCCUCCACAAAAGGUUUUAUCGAUGCAGAUGUGCUUUCAUUCCACAGGGUGGCAGCUAAUGCUUAUUUCUUUUCGCUGUUGUUAUUUGGACAUUUCUGCUGGAAGCAGCUUUGCUGGCCAAGUUCCCCUCUGAGGCAUACGGGCUGUGAACCUGCAAAUACAGCCCUUUCAUUAGGGUUAAAAAGUAUUUGGAAAAGCUUAUUGUAGUGUCUGUUCAGACUGUAUCUAUUUGCUGAAGAUUGUAGUAGCUGUCAAAAAAAAAAAAAGGGAGGGGGGAAAGGAACAAAAAAAGCCCACCCCAGAAAUAAACCAUCACCCAAGGACUAAAUUUUGAGUAUUACAUAUUGCUACUAUUCUAUGUGAGUCUUUCUAAGUGGUGCUGCAGGCAUAGCUGAACACAUAUAUGGUGGCACCCCUAGGCAAAAGUUGUUUACCUAGUUAUUGAUUGGGGUGGGGGAGAUAGCUUCUGGAAGUUAUUUAUUCACUUAUUGCUUCCAUCUUAUUUGGACAGAUCAAUAUCUUAGAUAAUUUGAAUUGAAAACUCUCACAUGUCAUUAGAUUAGGUUUAGAGGUUUAUGAGUUUCAGGUACAUCUUUUUAUUGUUAUUGAGUUUACAUAGUUUCCUCCCACUCCCUGCCCUAGUUUCUUCUUAUUGAUGCCUGUGAAUAUUUUUCAUUAAAAGGCUGCUGUUUUGUUAUCUUCUCAAACUGUGCUCUUAAAUCGUUUUAAUUUAUCUCUAUGUCUUUCUCAUGUGUUUGGUCUUCCACCUUUCCCUCCUCUCCUUUGUUGAAUAAAGAUAUGAAAAUGAA